AUGGAAGUGUCCACAGCGAACUCUGCCCCGUUCAGGGUCGCUUUUGAAGGUUGCGGACACGGCCGACUUGAUGACAUCUACGCCUCUGUCGCAAGGACAGCUACUCGAAGGGGCUGGGAUGGCGUCGAUCUUGUGGUGAUCGGAGGAGACUUCCAAGCCGUCCGCAACUCAAACGAUCUCGCUUGUAUGUCAGUGCCUCAGAAAUACAAGCAGAUUGGCGACUUCCAUGAAUUCUACAGCGGAAAGAAGAUCGCCCCUUACUUGACUGUCUUCAUUGGGGGUAACCAUGAAGCAAGCAACUACAUGUUCGAGCUUUACUACGGUGGUUGGGUGGCACCCAACAUCUAUUACUUAGGGGCAGCAAAUGUCAUCCGUUGCGGCCCUCUUCGCAUUGCGGGCUUGUCUGGCAUCUGGAAAGGCUACGACUACCGAAAGCCACAUUUUGAGCGUCUUCCCUACAACAAUGAUGACGUGCAGAGCAUUUAUCAUGUGAGAGAGUUAGAUGUACGCAAGCUUCUGCAAAUUCGUACUCAGGUUGAUCUUGGCUUGUCCCAUGACUGGCCCAACCAAGUUGAGCUUUGCGGUGACUACGAAACGCUUUUUGCAAAGAAACAUGGGUUCAGAGAGGAUUCCAACAGCGGCCGACUUGGAAGCAUUGCCGCCAGAUUUGUUCUUGACCGUCUGCGCCCUGCCUUCUGGUUCUCGGCCCACUUGCAUGUGAAAUUUGAUGCAGUGGUUCAGCAUGGGGACAACUUGCAUGCGGAUUCUCUCGGACCGACGAAACCCAUUGCGACUUCUCAGAGAAACCCUUCCAACACAUCUACUCUCACAACCUCUUUUGGGAUGGACGGUGCCGUUGUCACCUCGCUCGUACUCGGUGAUGAAGACAUGCCGACCGAGGAGACCCAGGUUCCACACGAUCUUGCUGAGAACAAAGGGCAUGCCACCGCCACUCAUAUGGAAGACGAGCACGUGGAAGGGCCUUCCAGGGAACUACUACUUGCCACUCAAGAGAUGACUCAGAGCAACCCAGUUGGCUUUUCUCGCACCAGCUCACCGCUUAAGCGCGUUCACGGCGAUGAUCAAAGCCGAAUUUCAGCGUGGAAUAACUUUCAUGCAGUGGCUGCAAGAGACGAAACAGCGGAGAAUAUUCGUCGCUUGGAAGAAGCACACGACACCUCAGCUUCGGAUGUCGCACAUAGUCUAACAUGGCGCAAGAUAAGUGUUGACGAGGAUGAUCCCGUGCGAAAGAUCACUAAGGUUGAGAAGCCGGUUGACGAGGACGAAUUGGAAACCAAGAAGCAAAAGACUGACCAUGCCCUAAGCGCUACAAAGAAUUCUGACGAGAUCCCUCUCGAUCUAGAUAGCGAUUCCGAUCUGGAUAUAUCUACGACGACUGAGACACAGGCCGCAGCUCAAAAGCAGGAUGCAGUUGUUGUGCAACCGGCCACCUCAGGUGUUCCUGGCGAUGGUGCGCCAAAGGCUUCAGGCGCCAUCCAACAGGACAAACCUCAGGUUAGAACUCUAGUCUCUCAAGACGUUCGCAAUCUACUCCCUACGAGCUUCUCUCGGCCUGAAGGUGCUGUAUCCCAGGACGUUCGUAACCAACUUCCCGCCAGCUUUUCUCGGGUGGAGGGUGUAGUCUCCCAAGAUGUUCGCAACCAGCUCCCCUCGAGUUUCGCACGUCCUCAAGCCAACUCAAAGACCGAUCCGUCCGUCAGUGAAUCUGUUCCUGAAACAAUUGCCAACAAGACCACACGUUUCCUCGCAUUGGACAAGUGUGAGUCAAAGCGACAUUUCCUGGAACUGCUCGAGAUUCCGAUUGUUUCUGAUCAGAAUGGCACUCAACGCGCUCGUCCUUUCCGCCUUGAAUAUGACAAAGAGUGGCUGGCUAUCACUCGCGUGUUCGCCAACGAGUUGCAGCUGGGCGAUCCCGCCGUUCAAAUGCAGCCGGACCGUGGCCAGGCAUUCUACAAACCCCUUAUCGAAGAGGCCGAGCAGUGGGUUGAAGAAAACGUCGUCAAGGCUGGCAAGAUGAUGGUCCCAGAGAACUUCACCCCCACUGCACCUUUCUUCGAUCCCGCCGUCCCUAUUACUACUGACGAGUUGCCCCCUGAAUACACUAACCCUCAGACUGCUCAGUUCUGUGGACUCAUCGGAAUCGAAAACAAAUUCCACCUGUCGGACGAGGAGCGCCAAGCAAGGGUUGAGGCUGGCCCUCGUCCCAACAAGCCGAAGCCCGAAGGUGGAUGGAACCGUUCCCGCCGUCGUAACUACAAUAAUAGCAAUCGCGGCGGCGGCGGUAGUCAGUGGCGUGGAAGAGGAGCAGGGCGCGCUCGGGGACGAGGUGGCGGUAAUCAGCGCUGGUAA